GGGAGGCGGGGGCCUCAGAGUGGAAGGAGGGAGCAGAAGGGCGGGGCAAGAGGCCCAACGGAGAACAGACUCCAACUCUGACUUCUUCGACUCUCGGAUUGAGCCACACAUCUGGCAGCCAUGUCACUCCUCCUGUUGGUGGUCUCUGCCCUCCACAUCCUCAUUCUUGUCUUGCUUUUCGUGGCCACUUUGGACAAGUCCUGGUGGACUCUCCCAGAGAAGGAGUCUCUGAACCUGUGGUAUGAUUGCACGUGGAACACCACCAGUCAAUCAUGGGCUUGCAGUAAUGUCAGUGAGAACGGCUGGCUGAAGGCAGUGCAGGCGCUCAUGGUGCUGUCGCUCAUCCUCUGCUGCCUGUCGUUCAUCCUCUUCAUGUUCCAACUCUACACCAUGCGGAGAGGAGGGCUCUUCUAUGCCACCGGCCUCUGCCAGCUUUGCACCAGUGCAGCUGUGUUCUCCGGCGCACUGAUCUAUGCCAUCCACGCUGAGGAGAUCCUGGCGAAGCACCCGCGUGGGGGCAGCUUUGGUUAUUGCUUUGCCCUGGCCUGGGUGGCUUUUCCACUCGCUCUGGUCAGCGGCAUUGUCUACAUCCACCUACGGAAACGUGAAUGAGCACUGUGUCCCCUAGAAAAUAAAUCCAUUUAGCCACAA